AUGCUUUGGUCAAACUGUCAGCCUGGGAUCUUACUGACCAGCCACGGAUUAAAGACCUGCUCACACGGGCUGCACCGAUCGCCACUGGAAACCUACACCAUGAGGAUACGGAUACGUCUCGUGGUGGGUGGCCGCCAAUUCUUCGCGUUUGCUUCUCCGCAACUCCAAACAGGUGACAGUCCUGAGAAGACCUGCUGCAUGAUGAAGAUGAUUGUGGUUAUGAAGAUGGGCUGGGGGGCUCUGUGCAGCUCCUGGCCCUAA